UUAUUUUUGUUCAUCUUAUAUAAAUAACGAAAUUAAGAAUUUAAUUGGAAUCAACUUGAAGAAAGUACUGGGUCCGACUCUACACAAAUAGCAUCCAGACAUAUAUAUUAUAUAUAUGUGUAUAUGCAAAGACAUAUUCCUUCUCAAGAAGGAAAAAUGCGGAUAUAGUCGAAUGGUAAAAUUUCUCUUUGCCAAGGAGAAGACGCGGGUUCGAUUCCCGCUAUCCGCUCAAGGGAAAGUCCAUUUAUAUAAAUAGCGACAAUAUGCUCUUAUUCUUAAAUUUCUCCUAAAUAAUUGUUAGACCUAAUAGUAGAUAGCAAUCUUUCUUAUUAUUGGAUCCACAUCCCACUAAUACGUUUAGAAAAAAUAUGCUACUAAUUACCAAUAAUAAAAAUUAAAUUUUCUAAAACUUUAUGCCGAUUAAACUAUUACGAUUAAUUAAUUGAAAAGAAAAGAGUAAUACACUAAUUUUCAAAAACUACUACCAACUUCCAUUUUUCAGUACUGUAUAUGAUUUAGGCUAAUGUUUUGUAACUAUCUAAAUUUAUAUUGUAUAUUCAUUUUUAUCCACCAACUUUUAAAACUAGACUAAGACACUUAGACAGUGGUGUCACUCAAAGGAGUGCUUUUAUUAUCAAUUUGGAUUAAAUAGCCUUAAAUUUAUAUUUUGGUGGGCCAAAACUACUUUCAUUUUAUGAAUUUUAGCUAAAAAAUUGGACCACGGACAGGUUGUCAAAUUCAUCAAGAAAUAUGAUCCAUCCAACUUUUAAUUAAUUCUUUCAACAACUAAAUUUAGUAAGCAUAUAAAACAAGAAGCAUGAAGCCAAGAAUUUGCGCUUGCUAUAUUACAUAACAUACGUAUGUCAAGUUGCAAUACAUACAUAAGUUAAUUGUCAUUUUGUUUGUUACCCUAAUUAAAAUACUCCGGUUUCCUUAAAAAAAAAAAUUAAAAUACUCCGGUCAAAAAUCUUUGGAUCUAAUGGUAUGACUUCCUAUUUCCCACAUGAGAGAUCAAGGUUUGAAUCUUUGCGGAAGCAAAUUGUUGGGGGAGGGGAAAGUGGGGGUUAGGCCUCUAUGUGAGUGGCCCUGUGCGAGGGUAGCUCAGAGGAAUUUCAUCAUACCACGGGUUCUCGAUAGGGGGCCCCAGAAAAAAAAAAUACUCCUAAAUUACUAUAGGAACAGUCUUUUUUUCUAAAAAAAAACAACUCCUACUAGUAGAUUUCGAGUAGUUUUAUUUUGUGUUAUAUCAUCAAAUCAAUUUGAAAUCUUCAAAAUUGUACUACAUUCAUUAUUUUUUAAUGUUGUUAUUGAGUAUUAUAAUUUAAAUCUUGAACUUUAGGAUGAAAAGGAUGAUAAAAGAAAUUCUUUUGGAUAUGCAAUAGUGGUCAUUGGUCAAGCCAAUAUGUAGCAAUUAGUAGAUUAUACACCGAGGUGUAGGUAGAGGAACCUACACCUCGCCCAAAACGCAGGAAAAAAAUAACAAAACGCAGGCUUCUUGUAAAGGAAUGAACAAUAAUGUACAUGGUCUCAGUUGAGUAAUGUACAUGAAAAACUUUGCAAAAGAAACUGAUUUGACCGUUACUAUUCACCAAUUAAUAACUGAAUAGAUGUCAACUGCAAAUCCCGUCGCCCCAUGUACCAGUGAUCAUCAUAUUUCAACUUCUCACACUCAACCUCCAUAUUUCAUUCACAACUUUCUCUCUCUACCAUUUUUCUCACUCUAUCAAAUUCUCUCUCUACAUUCUCUCUCACCACCACCGCAAUUCUCACCACAAAAACCCCAAUUCACACCAGAAAACUCCAAUUACCACCACAAAAAUUCCAUUGCACCAUCCCACAACAUUGUCCUCUAGCGUUUAUGGACAAUAGCGACAAAAAAAAACCAAAACAAAGACGACAACCACCGCAGUCAAGAAACCCACGGCAACCAAGGCAAGCGAAAAAACUACCUUGCCCAAAACCACUCAGAAUAAUUCCUCCAUCUCCACAACUAACUAUGGGUGAAGAUACUAUUCCUCCAAACGAUUCUACCACAAAAACUGAACAGCAAACAGUACCCAUACCUGCAACAAUUAGCUCUCCAAUAGAUCCCACCCUCAGAGAAUCUAGGGAACAGCAAACAGGGCCCACCCCUGAAACAGAGAACUCUCCAAUAGAUCCCACCCUCAGAGAAUCUAGGGAACAGCAAACAGGGCCCACCCCUGAAACAGAGAAUCAUCCACAAGGUCCCACCACAACAGAAUCUACUGAACAGCAACCAGGAUCUAUACCUGUAGUUGUUGAAGACCCUUGCAUAGAUCCCACCCUCAGAGUAUCUAAUGAACAGCAAACAGGGUCCACCCCUGAAACAGACAACCCUCCAAAAGGUCCCACCACAACACACUCUAGUGAACAGCAACCAGAAUCUAUACCUGUAGUUGUUGAAGAGUCCACCACAGCAGCUUCUACUGAAAAUGCUUCUGAUUCCACAACAUCUGAGAACAGGCAACCUACUACUGAACCAGAAACAACUCCACCUAGUACUGACAUUCCUCCUUCGACUGAGAAAGAACAUACUCCUAAUGAUUCAAGCACCACCAGAACAACUGAUAGAACGCCUGUUCUUGAGAGUGAGGCCAUUCCACUCAAUACUGAGAUGUAAGUGCAUGUACAUUAUUUGUUUGUUCUUAAUUACAUACAUUAUUAAGGCCAUUCCAACCAUUGUACAUUUUUACUGGCUUAAAGUGUUUAUAGUGUAACAAUUGUUGUACAA